AUGACAACCACCGCAACCACCACUACAGCCCCCGCGCCGCCGCCCCUCCGCACCAACGAAGACCUCAACCUGUCGGUCCUCCGCCGCCACAACCCAGCCAUCACCUCGAUUCUCUCCCUCGCGCAAUACGCCGUGGUCUACAUCUUCAGCCCCAGCACGCGGCAAUGGGAGAAAAGCGGCGUGGAGGGGACGCUCUUCGUGUGCCAGCGAUCGCAGGGCGAGCUAGGCGAAGAGCGCUACAGCGUCUUCGUGCUGAACCGUCGCGGGCUCAACAACUUCGACCUCCCGCUCACCGACGGCGACAACGUCGAGAUCACCGAGGAGUAUAUCAUCCUGAAGUCCGAUCUCGCGCCGGAGGUGCCUUCGGGGAAUGGUGGUAAUGGUGGGGAUAUUCGAAUCUACGGGUUGUGGAUCUACAGUGAACCACCGCCGAAUUCCACGGCCGAGACGCGCAACAUCAACGCGCAGAUGAUCCGGGAAUGUGCGGUACAUGCUGGGGAGAGCUUGAAGCUAGCCAGGGAGCGGGUCGAGGCGACGCGGCAGAAUGGGAUGCAUGUUGCGGCGGCGACGGCGGCGGUGGCGGCUACGACGGGCGCGCCGUUGGAGGAGGUGAGCACUAGUGUGGCGAUGGGAAGGCAGGUCUCGCUCAAGGAUCUGUUCGGGCAGCAGCGCGCCCAGGAUGAUGGGUGGAGUGUGCGCGCGCAUCAGAUUGCGCCGGCCGAUUGGCAGCAUGCGCCUCCGCCUCCGUCGCAGCCGGGUCCGGGUCCAGGACCGGGGUCGGGUCCUGGACCUGCGCAGGCUCCAGCUGGAGCUGUGCCGGCGCUGCAGCAGGAUGUUCUGGGGGAUCUGUUUCGGAGGGCCGGGCUGGCGUAUCAGGGGGGCCAGUGA